AUGCCAGAUAAUCUAGAGUACGAAGAAGAAGAAGAAGAAGAUCUAUUCGGGAACGAUAUCACCCAGGAUGUGAAUACCGCCGAACCUAUAGCUACUGCCACGCCUGCGCCCGCACCUGCACCUUCACAUCUGUCUUCUCCAUCUAUAUCGAAUAAAGCUGGACCAUCUCGAAUAUAUCCAACAACAACCCAAGCUGGACCAUCGACAGGCAGAGUAUACAAGAAUGUAGAUGAUCGAUUGAGGGAAUUGCAAGAUCUGAGACGGACGGGUAGGGAUAUCGGGAGUAAAGAUCUUGAAAUGGGCGCAAAGAGUUUGCGGGAUCUUUGUAUGGGUGUGAUCAAGACCAACUCAGCGAGAAUAUGGGAUAUAGGCGAUCUAGAAUACCCUUUGAUCAAACCUUUGAUAGACGAAGUUCCGAUUGAACAAUUACAAGAGAUUGAAAGUAAUUCACCACAUAUCAAGAAAGAUACGGAUUGGCUAUACGAGAUUUUCCUCCUGCAGGAUUACCCACUAUUCCACGAGAGAUGUCAGGAUAGGCAUGGUGAGCCUAGGACCUCAGGCUGGAGGAGGAUGUACAAGAAAGCGAAAGAAGACUUCCACGUCCGUCAAACCCAGGCUGCCGAUCGAGUAGCAGCGCGAUACAAGCAAUUAGAAGCGGAGAAAGCCUCAAAGAGGAUAGUAGUGAUGGAUCGUAUAAUACCGGAAAAGAAAUCUUCCAAGAGUGGAUGGGGAAGAGGAACGGGUGGAUUGAGUUCUUCAGCUGAAGUCGGAAGAGUAGUUCCGAAACCACAAAGUGCAAUCGCCAAAGCCCGUCUGGAAGCUCAGCGUGCUCGAGUAGCUUUGACUCACGCUUCUGGGAGAUACAUCCCUCCGACACCUCAGAGAAGGACGAACGAACCUACUCAAUUGUUCAAAAACCCUUACCUCCCUACUAAUCAGAUUCAGACUCAGAUAUCUCAAGGACCCAGAAUACCACCUCCCAAAAGAUCGAUACAAUCUCAAUCUCACGCUCAGGAUCGAAGGAUAUCGGAACCUAGUUCACCUGUUUCAUCUAUACCUGGUUCUCACCCGAUUAUCAGAGAAUCUCUCCCUAGCCAUCUCAAAGAUCGUACUAAGGAUUCUGAGGGGAUAAAAAAGAAGGAAGAACGGUUCAAGAUUGAUAGACCGACCACGAAGUUCAAAGAAGUUAGAAGAUCUGUUGGAGAGAAAUUUGUAGUUCCUCAUUUGGAGAAAGAGAAACCAAAGGGGAAAGGAAUGGUCAUGGACUUUUUUGCUCCUCCACAGGCGGCUAUAAAGUCUACAGCAGCAAUGGGAACGAAAAGGAAAGAAAGGGCCGAAGAACCGAAUGGAGAAGAAGGGAUAAAGGAGAAAAAAGGUCAUUCAUCGUCUUCGCCACAUAGACCCAAUGCACAUCCCAACAACCAACCUCAUAUAUCAACUAUUAACGUAUCGAAAUCAACUCCCUCACAUAAACCAGUCAGUGCAGCUGUGCCGUCAGAUAAUGGGAUUGGGAUGGAUGAUGCGAAGAUCAAUAGUGUAUUGUUUAGGAAGAAGAAAGCGGUCAGAGGCAAAUGA